AAUAACACAUUUCAGAGGCGGGUCUGGCCCUUUAAGAGUCGGUCUCUCUCUCUCCAGCAGCAGCAGUGGUGAAGAGCGGAGCAGCGCAGCCCGCAGCCAGAGACUGCAGCACAUCUUCAGCUGCCGCUGGCCGACCCCACUGACUGACAGCCUCCCGGUUCACAUCACAACGCACCGCGUCCUGGAGGGGGAUGGGGGGCAGCUAGCCCGCCAGCUCACUAACUAACUAGAUUUCCUAGAAGCGGAGAAGGCUCACGACAAGAUGGUAUCGUGGAUUAUUUCGAGGAUAGUUGUCCUUGCCUUUGGGACGCUGUACCCGGCAUACUCCUCGUACAAGGCUGUCAAAACGAAGAAUGUGAAGGAAUAUGUGAAGUGGAUGAUGUACUGGAUAGUAUUUGCGUUGUUCACUACAGCAGAAACAGCUACAGACCUGCUCCUAUCAUGGUUUCCAUUUUACUUCGAGCUAAAGAUUGCCUUUGUGAUCUGGCUCCUGUCUCCAUACACCAAGGGCUCCAGUGUCCUCUACCGCAAGUUUGUCCACCCAACCCUGUCCAACAAAGAGAAGGAGAUAGAUGAGUACAUAGCACAGGCCAAAGACAGGAGUUACGAGACCAUGAUGCGGUUUGGGAAGAGGGGUCUCAACCUGGCUGCAAAUGCUGCCGUCACCGCAGCCACCAAGGGGCAGGGCGUGCUGUCAGACAAGCUGCGGAGUUUCAGCAUGCAGGACCUGACUCUCAUCAACGCCGAGGAUGAUCUGGUUCUGCGCCCAUCAGAUGGUCGCAUGAGACGGGACCCGAUGGAUGAGAUGGGCUCGGGGGCCAGCACGCUUCCCCGGGCCAAGAGCACUGCAGCACGGCAGACUCGCUCUUUGGCGGCCGCAUCCCUCGCUGACGAAACGUCAUCUCAACACAGCUCUGACCUAUCAGACACAAGGACUGAACACUCUGAUGACGAUGUGGGAGAGAAAGCCCCGAAGCGCAGUGCCAGCGUCAAGGCAACCAAGAAACCUGCUGCUGCUAAGACAGAGACUCAAACCAAGGUGGUAAAGAAGCCGGCAAAGAAAAAGACCACGACUAGUAAUGCAGAGACGCCACCAUGAGGCCUACGGUCCACAUCCGCCGGCCUACACUCUCUCCACCCACAGCCUGCAGGCCCUCCUUCCUCUGUUUGGUCUCCACACAAACACAUAGACACUAUUUACUAUAUCAAGCAACCAAAUUGUGUCACUGUUGCUGGUUUCUAGAGUGCAGGUUUAGUUUGUCGCCGUUUUAUGGAAACGGUUCUUCUUCCAUUUACUGGGUUGUGGGUGGAUUUUUAAGUCUCAUAAUAGGUAAUCGUGUAUUCACAAAUGCUCCUUUUUGUUGUUUAACCCCAAAACAUAUAUAGAGGUCCCCAUAGCAGAUGAGAUGUGAGCUGGCUGUGUGCAGUUUUCCACACUCAUUGAUCUUACUCACUGUGUCGCCUGCUGUGUGACUUUCUUCAGGCACAGUUUAGGCUUUCUUUCUUUCUUUCUUUCUUUUUUGUUUUAAGUAUUUCCAGUAAAAUCCUACAUUCAUCACUCUAAAUGAUAAUCCCGAGAUUCUGCUGCGUCUUCUGGGCUCCUCCUACAUGGUUCCAGUUGAAAAACAAGACAUCACUCAGAAAGCUGGUUUUAAGAGUAUUGUACCAGAGGUUUUUCUUCAGUGAGGAGUAAGAGGGGAGGGGGGGGGUUGAAAUCGACUUUAAGGCCUGCCCUGACGAUGAAGGUCAAAAUCCUUAUAUUUAUCAGACCGCGUAGUUCCCUCGUUACCACAGCUCAGCUCAUCUCACCUGCCAAUCAGCAGUCACCAUGUCCUAGCCCAUGUCACUGUCAAGUUUUACAGGAUUAUUUCUGCUCAAGCCUGUUUUUGUUCAUUUAUUUUACUUUCCUUUUUUAAUCUCCUUUUACUUCAUUUUAGACCUCACAGCUUGUGGAAGAGUUUAGUUUGUAUCUUCUUCUCAGCUCUGAGUGAAUCUGGCUCUACUAAGUUCAGGUCUCACUCACCACAACUUUCCUCCUCACUGCUAUAAUGUGACUAUCAAGUCAUGUACAGUGCUGGUGAUGGAGUGGCUUGUUUAGUGUCGGCUUAGUUAACCUUCAUCUAGACGUCACUCUUCUUAGGCUGUGUUUAUCCCUGAUCAUUUAAGUGUGACUCUUCUGUUAUCCAGUCAUUUCUGUUCAUGUAAUAUUACUCAUUCAUAUGAGUUGUGCAUAUCCAGGCCUCUUAAGGUGAUGCUGUUUUUAUGAGCAUAUCUGCUUUCACCACAGUAGUGAUGUCUGCAUAUUGUUUGUGUUUAGCAUUAGAAGGACACGAAGAAGCUCUGCACUCUGUCACCCCUUUUGCCCAACUGUGUCGACACACUUAACCUCUUCAGAAUAUUUAUAGAUCACAGAAGAAGUCAGGAAGAAUAAAGCAAGGCAAUAUAGAAAUAAUUCAACCAAAACAUCAGGAGACAGUGAGGAAUUAUUCACUCAUCCCCGUGCUGUUGUUUCAGAUCUGGAGGGAGUGUUGGUCUAGGCUGUGGGUGUUUCUGAACACACUGGACUUUAGAUCUGGGAUGGGCUCUUCUGGUCGCCAACAACUCAUUGGUUUCUUCCGAGUGCUCUGUGAUGAGAGAUUUAAAGCAUGAGCUGCUGUCUGCAGUGUGACACUAGUAUGAACCAGUAGGGGGAGACAAACCCCACCUCAACUGUUGGAAACUUCACUUAACAAAAUGUAAACUCAGUGUAAAUAGUAACUUUGACUGUAUAUACAGUAUGAGCUUGCUUGCCUUAUUCAUUUUCUGGGCUUAAAUCAAUUUAAUUUUUUAAUCAUUUGUGUGUGUGUGUGUGUGUGUGUGUGUGUGUGUGUGAGUGAGUGUUUUUUUUUUUUUUUUUUUAAUCUCAGUCUUGAUGAAUCAUAUGUUCUGAAACCAGACUUCAUCAUUGUGGAUCUCUGGUGUGAGAAGUGAUUUUUGUGUUUUUAGUUAACAUGUUUACUUUUCUGUCUUUUCUCAUUAAGACAUUUUAACUCCUCUCCAUCACAAAGUAGGGAAUCUGCAGACUGAGUCUGAACUGAUACAUUCACAUCCUGCUAUGUUCUGCACUCAGACUGAUUAAAAGGUCUUUUCGGGCCAAAAGUUAAAGAUCAGCCCAUUUUUAUGUUUGCACUGAAUAAAAAGAAAACGGCACAUAAUUACUAGACAUUUUGUCUAAGAUACAGCUGUGCAUUUUUAUCUUGUGUUCCUGUCAUUUUUUUGGGGAUAUUUAUUGAUUAUUUUCUGUUUAAAAUCAGUAUUGUAUACAGAGAUGUUCAUUUGUAUAUUGUUUGUGCCAAUUCUUAAAGCUCCAUGUCAAAACAGAUAACAGUAUGUGUGCUGGGACAAUGGUAUCUAACACAGUCAUGUAUCAGUAAUAAACUACUAAUAAAGGAAGUUAAAUCAGUA